AACCGUGGAAGCGAUCACCCUAGUUUACUCAGCGUUGUCGCUCUACCACCUCGCUACUUUCUUUUUUAUGAAACGGCUGCGGGACUUGGGGCAGGUGGCUUCGUUUGUGCCUUCGUUUUUUGAUCUGUGAAAUGGGGGAAAUGAAAGUACUAACGCCAAGGGCUGGUUUUGAGGAAUCAAGUGAGAUAGUUCACUUUCCAUUUCUGACGGAUGAGACAAUGAUAAUACAUGACCCAGUCACAGCAGAGAGAGAGGCUGUUUUGGGAUUUGAACAAGAUCGUUAUCCCAACCCCAUGGAUAAAAAUGUCAUCUCUGUAAAAAUUGUGGAGGAAAAAAGAGAUGUCUCAACAGGGAUCAUCUAUAGAAAGAGGAUUGCAGUCUGUCAGAAUGUGGUUCCAGAAAUUUUAAGGAAGGUGAACAUUUUAAAGGUACCUAGUAUCCAGUUGGAAGAGGAAUCAUGGCUCAAUCCUCAGGAAAGAAACAUGGCUAUACGGAGUCACUGCCUUACGUGGACACAGUAUGCAUCCAUGAAGGAAGAGUCUGUCUUCCGGGAAAGUAUGGAAAAUCCAAAUUGGACAGAGUUCAUUCAGAGAGGCAGGAUUUCAAUCACAGGGGCUGGCUUUCUCAACUACAUAUUGGAAACUUUUGCCAGCACGUUCUUAAGACAGGGUGCCCAGAAGGGAAUUAGAAUAAUGGAGAUGCUGCUGAAGGAACAGUGUGGUGCCCCCUCAGCCGAAUAAAGAAUCAUCAGGGGGCUGUGUUGUGCUACUUUUGCUCGAGAAUCACUUCUUGGCCGUAACACAUCACCGAUGCGUACAGUUUUCCAAAUACAAGCUUCAGGAUACAGUGUCGGCAGCUUAAAGAAGAGGAGGGCUUCCUGCCAGGACGUGAAACGAUAUCCUCCCCUGGGAGCCUGCCUCAGAUAGCGGCCCUCUUGGAUAUGAGACCUUCCAGAUGGAUUUUUAUGGCACAGUGUCUUUAUGAUUUACAAAUAAAGGAAAAAACCCACAGAAGGUGACGUCUGCCCUUCUUCAGGAUGUCUUGCUGAUUGCCUGGUGACGGUGUCAGGGAAGCCAAGGGCAGGCUAGAGCCCUGGCGAGUGGUACUUGUGCCUAUGUCAUCAGCAUCAUUGCUCAUAGGAUUCAUGAGAAGAUUCUGGGACAGAUAAAGGAGCUGAACCUGAUGCCUGAUGCAUGGGUGGCCUACAACAGAAAGGAAUGUACCAGGCCUGGGUUGAAGCUAAGACAUGUUUAGAUCAAUGUUUGAUUCUCAGAAAUCGGGAGCAUUUGAUAUCUGCCCAUAAGUACUACCUAAGGGCCAUCGGUAUAGAUUCUGCUGCCCAUAAGUACUACCUAAGGGCCAUUGGUAUAGAUUCUGUAAUGUAACAUGUCAGCUGGCUCAUCUGGUCUUCUGAAAGAACAUGGCGUGGGGAGCGGGGAGGCAGCGUGUAACUCUGGCAUCGUGAGAUGGGGAGCAGAUCGUUAGCCUCUCUGUUUUUCACUGGCAAGGCGGGAGAACUGGGCGCACAUGCCUCUGUCUCAUGAUGAUUAAACAUGGAAGGGCAAGGGGGGGAGUUUAGUGCGAAAAGCACAGGUGUGGGAAUUUGACAGACCUGUGUUUGAGUGCAAGUGUUGCCGCCCACUAGCUCAGUGAUCGAUCGUGUACAUAAUUUUUAAUCUUUCUGAAGCUCUUUCUUUUUAAUUGUCCAAUGGGGUUAUGGGAUUAACUUCGUGAGGUUGUUGGACCGAUUUGAGAUCAUGUCUAUCAAGUGCAGUAUGUGACCUCUUGCAGAGUAGAAGUCGUUAUUAUGUGAACCCAUUUUGAAAAUGUACUUUUCAGAUGCAUUGUAGGGUAGUAUUACUGUUUGAAAAUUAGGUGACAGUAGUUUGCAUUUCCCAUGAUUAGAAGCCAAAAUAUAAAUGCACACUACCUAACAGAAAGCUUGAAGAGAGGCAAUAAUUUGGAAUUUAUCUGCUUAAGAUAAAAAUUGGGCCAUUACUGGAAAGACUUGGGGAAAUCGUUCUUUUUUUUAAAAUAUUUGAAUAUUUUUCCACUUAGUGCAGUGAUGAAUUUCAAAACAAUUUUAUUUGUUCAUUCAAGCCUGCCAGUGUGAGCUGCUUCUUACUGUGUUUGAGCUGUUUGAGCUGCUUGAGUUUUGUCCCUUUAGGAUAAUUCUCAUUUUUUUAGAGUUUCAUCCUUCAGGUGUGUUGGAGGGAAAAGGAAUGGUAGAAACCAGAACACGCUUUGACUUCCUUUCCCAGUUUGUAAAUGGCAUUUGGUAGGCUUUCGGAAUAAUGUCCCAUUUCACAAAAUAAAAGGUGAUGUAAAGUAUCACAAAGGUGAGGGGUUAGAAAUCCAUAUUUGGAGGUUGACAUUGGAAUGAACUUACUGCUUCACACUCAACACCGUGCAUCCUCUGAAGGCAGAAGUUCUCAGCCUUGGGUGUUCAUUAGAACCACCUGGGGAGCUUUAUGCACCAUCCGCUGCUGCCCGGGGUUACUUCCCAGAGCAAUACAGCAGAAUCUCUGGGGGUGGAACCCGGUGUCCAUAUUUUCUAAAGCUCCCUAGGUGGUUCCAAUAGGCAGCUAGGGAUGAGAACGCUAUAGUGAAUUCUAGGUGAUUUUCAGACAUUAUCUGAUUUCUUUCUCAACACUUCUAAAGUAGGAAAGGAUCUUUGUAGCAAGCAUUUUUGUUAGAACUAGAAAGAGUGAAGCACGGAGAGGCUGAAUUUUUGCCCUAAUUGCCUGGAGCCGGGGUGGCCAGUGCAAAUGGCUUUGGGCACCGGGCAGGUGGCCGCUGGGAGACAGGAUGCACACCUUUGUAAAGGUGGGUAGCUGCUGCCCAGGUCCUCCACACUGUGGCCGUGUGGCUGGCCUUUCUAGUGAUUCCACCAGUUUGGUAGAAAAAGACAGAUUUUUUUAAAGAAAAGAAUUCUCCCAGUUUUUAUAGGUUGGCAAUAAUUCAGAAUUGUUUAAAACAUUUUGCCGGCCAUACAAAAUGUGUUUGUCAGUAGUUUUCAGUCUCUCCCUCAAGAGUGUUAAGGCCUAGCUUAAACACCCCAGCCAAUUUUUAAUAGAUUUGCAUUUCCCCAUUCUGGAUGUAAGCUGCAUUCUGCCUCUCCUACAAGACUGCUUUGAGAUGUAUUUUCUUCUCAUUCCCAAGAAAUCCUCUGGAUACUCAGUAUUUUUUUUAAACACUCUGCAGGCAUCCAUUGCUUUGAACUCCACAUAUAUGGCUUAGAAAUCUUAUGCUCUUUUUAAAAUUAAUUAGAGCUUGUUAGAGUUUAUUUUUAUUAUAUGUCAGAAUCCUUUUCCUGUGAUAAGACUAAUUAGAAAUGUCAAAACCGGUAGUAGUACCGCCUUACCAGGCAUAUUAGGAACAAGUGUGGGAAGGGGUUAAUUCAUAGGCCUGGCCAGUUACCUCCUGACUGGGUGGCUGAGCCUACACUUCAUUUUUUUUUUUUUUUUUUUUUUUUAGUAGGCUCCACACAUAGCGUGGAGCCCAGCAUGGGGUUUGAACUCACAGCCCUGAGAUCAAGACCUGAGCUGAAAUCAAGAGUCAGACCCUUAACCAACUGAGCCAGCCGGGCACCCCUGAGCCUACACUUCAAGGCGAUGAUUUUGUAGAGUGAUUCCCACACUUCUACUUGUACCAGAAAUCCUCGGGGAAGAGUGCUAAACUGUAGGCUCUCAGACCUUCCCCCAGAGAUUAUGAUUCAAGGAACUUCACUUGGGACUGGGGGAUCUACAUUUUAAAGCGAAUUCACCAGGAGAUUCAGUUGUGCUGCUCCACAGAUCGUAUUUUGAGAAACACUGAUUUCAAGGGACCGUGUCGUUGCCCUCUGUGUCUCCUAUCAUGUAAAAAGAUUUUGCAGUCAUUUGGGCUCACUGAUCAAUAGAAUUGACUGCUCAGGACACGAUAUAAAGUUCUUAAUGCAGAGAUAAGCUGACUGAGGCUAUCCCUACAUGAUUGAGGUGCUUUUACCAUGAAGGGGCUUUUAUGGGUUCAAUCAUAUGUGGACAAAAAGGGUGCUGUAUUCUUUUUAUAUAAAUUGUGUAUUUUAUAAGCAGUAUAUGUGUGGUAAUGAUAUCCCAUUUGUCAGACAUUGUAGGGUACACGGUGUCGACAAGUCAAGGUUGUUCUUUUCAGUUACACGUCUUUUUUGCUUUAUUUGAGCCAUUUACAUUGUAACUCUUAGUGUACAUGUCCCUGCUUUUGUGAACAAUCUACUAAAAAUAAUGAAAAAAUUUGAAGGUCAUCCUUUAUGUUUUUCAUUGCUUCAGGCCCCCUUUGGGUUUGUUAAAGCCCCUCCACCGAAUGGCUCUGCUCUUUGAGCUCUGCCGUGGAUACCUUCGCCUGCCUCUAGGAAACUUCCUCUCGUUCUGUCCAGGGUUGGGAACUCAUGUCACUGCCUACUGUAGGUCUCAACACUAAACAGGAUCUGAGUGAGGCUUUGAGGGGCUUUCCUGAGAAUAAGUAAAACGAAUUUAUGUUGCUGCAUUGAUCUGGUGAUGGGAUUUUUCUAUUUUCCUAUAGCUUCCUGAUUUCUCGACUACACUUGUCAAAUCUUUGACCUCAAGGUAAGUGAGAUGUUGCUACAGAUGAUGUCUUUUGAUCUAGAAGCCGUUGUCUCCCCCAAAUGUGUUCGUGUUUUUAUAUGUACAGUUGUAUAAUGUGCAAUGUAAGUAAAUUCAAAUGAACAUUUCUCAGGCCACGUUUUUGUGCAGGAUAAAAGUAUUUCUGGUUCACCGUGUACCCUAUCAAUUAGUUGUAUAGGUGUGAAAUUCAAUCCUGUAGACAUUCUGAAAUAAAGGUGUU